CGUCGAUUCGAUCUGAGAGCAGACACAGGAGACCGUGAGCUCCUUCCACCUUCUUCAGCAGCUCCUCACGUGGAACGGGUUCAUCUGAGUCCCACACCAACACGUCACACCUGAGGAGGUCCAAACAACAGAACUGUAUCCAAAAUACUUUUUUUUCCUCUGCAUGGUUGAGGUAUGACUCCGCUCCAUUAUUCUCCACAAAACAGUCAACAACGGCACUGAAAGACUCGAGCUUCACUCCCCUUCUCAACGCAGAACUUUUAACCAUACGGACUACAGCAGCUCAGAGCAAGCAAGAGCACGGGAUUAUUGAUCAAUAUCAUACAGAAGAGAGGGGGUGUUAAGGCUUCAUUAGAUCACGUACGGAGAUCAGCUGGAGUUUAAACACCUUUGUAGGAGUCAGGUCUGUCCGGAGCAGCGUUUCAGUGAGCCAGGAGCUGGGAUGGCUUUACUGACCCUGCACAGAACACCGUCUGUGUCCACUGCGCCUGAUGAAACCAUUGCAAGAAGAGGAAGACUUCAGAAGAGGGAGAGUUUUGCUGUCGUCAGAGGUGCUGUGCUUUUACUAGAGGAAGGACCGAGGGAGGGGCCACAUGAAGAAGCCACGCCCUCCCAGUUUCCUAAUGCUCAGCUUGUGUGCGGAGCUUCACAUACAAACCACAGGCAUUUACAUGCUAUGAUCUCACUACUGAGACCUGAAGAUACCGUCAAACUGGCUGUGCGUUUGGAGUCGUUGAGUCCCAUCAGAGUGAGAUAUUUACUCAUCGUUACGACCACCAGCCACAAACAGGAGAGUCUUCUUCUCGGGAUGGAUUUCCCAAACAUCAACUGUGAUAAUUGCACUAUCGGCCUGGUUUUGCCCAUAUGGAGUGACACACAGGUGUAUCUGGACGGAGACGGUGGCUUCAGCGUGACGUCUGCAGAAUGCACAAGGAUUUUUAAGCCUGUAUCUAUUCCAACAAUGUGGUCCGUGCUCCAGGCUCUACAUGGCUGUUGCGAGCGGGCGGUGCAGGGUGCAGUGAUCCCGGGCUGUGGAUUGGACUGGGCUCAGCACUACAAACAGCACGUGGAAUCGGACCAGCAGUGCGUGAAUGAGUGGAAGGCCAUGAUGGGCCUGGAGUCGGUGCGCAAGAACAACAAAGGCCACAGCACAGAGACCGAGAGAGUGGAGAAAGAGAUUAAAGUCCAACUCAGAGACAUCAUGAGGACCAUGGACCUGGAGAACAUCACCUCCAAACAGGUCCGAUCUGCUCUGGAGGAGAGGAUCGGUUUGGACAUGAAGAACUAUAAGGAGUACAUUGAUAAUGAGAUGAUGGUCACCAUGGCUCAGAUGGACAAACCUUCUAAAAUCUUAGACUAUCUUUACCUGGGCUCUGAAUGGAACGCAGCCAACUUUGAGGAACUUCAGAAAAACAAUGUGGGGUACAUCCUGAACGUCACCAUGGAGAUCGAUAACUUUUUCCCAGAAUCCUUCACCUACAUGAAUAUCCGAGUGUACGACGUGGAGUCGACGGAUCUGCUCUCACACUGGAACAACACCUACAUGUUCAUCAACGAAGCCAGAAAAAGUGGGCAGUCUGUAUUGGUGCACUGUAAGAUGGGCGUGUCUCGCUCCGCCUCCACGGUCAUUGCGUUUCUGAUGAAGCAGCAGGGCUGGACAUUAGAGGAGGCGCUUAACCACGUGAGAGAGCGCAGACCCAUCGUCCACCCCAACGACGGCUUCUUAAGACAGCUAAAUACCUACAGCGGAAUCCUCAAUGCCAGUAAACAGAGGCACAGCUCCCUCUGGAAGCGGAAGUCUAGAUCGGACACGCUGAAUAAACCACUUCAGAAGCAGGAGCAGAAGGAGGAGACGGAUCGACAGCAGGGUGACUAUGAGCAUGGAGAAGAGGAGGAGGAAGAGCAGAGUCCAGAGGAGGAAGAGAGCUCAGAGACGGACGAGGAUGAGGAGAGAGAUGUGUUUGCUGAUUCAGUGUCUGAUGUCCUCCCUGAUGCAGCAGCAGCAACAACAAACCCUGUUAUUACCGUCCAGGACAGUGACAAGGUGACCCCGAGUCCUAGCAGAAGUGGAAGAAUGGAUCUGUUUUCUCUCAUGCAGUCCAUCCAGCUGGAUGAUGAGGAGCGAUUGAGCGAUCUAGAGAACGCAGCGGCUCAGAGGAAAUCUCCGGCCCAGAGGAGACGCAGCAGUCACAAACGACGAGCUCUGACUCACCAGAAAGCUCACGUGGACGUUUCUCCGGAUCCAAGCAGCAAAUCACAGGGCAGAAAACAGGAAAAUCCCAGGCUCGGCAACAGCGAGUAACAAUGAGGAGAGCGGAGAAAAGACUAAAAUAGAGAGGAGGAAGAACACACCUCUGGAGAAAGUCUGGAAAUCCUUGUGAUCGUUUUAAUGAAUCGUUUCAGUAUAAUGGUGAGGGAUUUUUGGUUUUUUUUGUUAGUUUGUUCCAGAGUUGAUUCAAAAGAAGACAGGAUGACGCGCACACACAAACACACACACAAACAAUUUCUCCACUUUCACACACACACACACACACACACACACAGCAA